CAGGGAGCCGGCGGGCUGCCGCCGUUCAUGCCCAUGUAUGUGCCGCGGUGGCUGACUCGCCGGAGCCGGUCGCUGCGGGAGCCGGUGCUCCAUUAAUAGCCCCGCGACGCGCCAUCCUCCCGGAGCCGCGUUACUUGAAGGCAGCGGCGCCCCUGGAGUCAUGCGCGCCGCGGCCCCUUCCCAGAUGGAGGGGCUCAAGAAGUUCCAGAGCCCCGGGAAGGGCCGGGGCCUGCGGGCGCUCCGCCGCUUCGUCAUUGGGGAGCAGCUCUUCUCUUGCCCGGCCUUCACUUGCGUGCUGACCGUCAACGAGAGGGGCAACCAUUGCGAAUGCUGCUUUGCCAGGAAAGAAGGAUUGUCCCGUUGUGGAAAAUGCAAGCAGGCUUUUUACUGCAAUGUAGAAUGCCAGAAACAGGAUUGGCCAUUGCACAAAUUGGAGUGUUCUGCCAUGUGCGUAUUUGGACAGAACUGGAAUCCCUCUGAGACAGUCAGACUCACAGCAAGGAUUCUUGCCAAACAGAAAACACACCCGGAAAGGACUGAGUCAGAGAAACUCCUUUCUAUAAAAGAAUUUGAAUCCCAUCUUGAUAAGCUUGACAAUGAAAAGAAGGAGCUGAUUCAAAAUGAUAUCUCUGCUCUUCAUCACUUUUAUUCAAAGCACAUAGAAUACCCCGACAAUGAAGCUCUGGUGGUACUUUUUGGACAGGUUAACUGCAAUGGCUUCACAAUUGAAGAUGAAGAACUUUCACACUUGGGAUCAGCAAUAUUUCCUGAUGUGGCACUUAUGAACCAUAGUUGUUGCCCCAAUGUGAUUGUUACCUAUAAAGGGACCGUGGCUGAAGUCAGAGCAGUUCAAGAGAUUGAAGCAGGAGAUGAGAUUUUUACCAGUUACAUUGACUUAUUGUAUCCAACAGAAGAUAGGAAUGAUCGAUUAAGAGAUUCCUAUUUUUUUACCUGUGAUUGCAGGGAAUGUUUUACAAAAGAAAAGGACAAAGAUAAACUGGAAAUCCGUAAACUGAAUGAGCCUCUGUCAGCGGAGGCUGUGCGAGAUAUGAUCAGAUAUGCCAGAAAUGUGAUUGAGGAAUUCAGGAGGGCCAAACAUUACAAAUCCCCAGGUGAACUGCAGGAGAUUUGUGAGCUCAGUCUGGACAAGAUGGGUUCCAUGUUUGCAGAGAGUAAUGUUUACAUGUUGCAUAUGAUGUAUCAGGCCAUGGGAGUUUGUCUGUACAUACAAGACUGGGAGGGUGCUUUGCGCUACGGGCAGAAGAUUAUUAAGCCAUAUAGUAAGCACUAUCCUUCUUACUCCCUCAAUGUGGCAUCCAUGUGGCUAAAAUUGGGAAGACUUUACAUGGGCUUGGAAAACAGACCAGCUGGUGUUAAGGCUCUCAAAAAGGCAAUCGCUAUCAUGGAGAUAGCGCAUGGGAAAGAUCAUCCAUACGUUAUAGAGAUCAAAAAGGAAUUAGAGACCCACUGAGUCUUUGAAUCUAUGUAAUCCUUCAACCUUUCUUUAAAAGCCUUGCUAUGGAAACUUCAGGAGUGCUUUGAAAAUUGACGUGGAAUGAAAGCUUUUCUGUAAAAUAAUUGGAAUGACAAACAUGUGGUUCAUUUGGGCCUUGCCUCUUCCAUUCUCUGAGGUCUAUGUGAAAUAUUUUGAGCCUUGAUAAAUUAAUUCUGAAUGCCUUUUUCUCCCUAAGAAAAUGCCAUGGUUUCACACAGCUAAUGCCUUUGAUUGAUCAUGUGCAAAAAUGACCAGUUCUUUUCUCAGCUGAUUUUAAUGUAUUGUAUCUUAUGCAAAACAACUAAUUAAAUUUGGACAACACUGCUUGACCCGA